CGGAACUUUGCAUCACCAAACACCCAAAGGAACGGCACCCGCACAACGUCGUCAAAAUGGUCAACAUUCCCAAGACCCGAAACACCUACUGCAAGGGCAAGGAGUGCCGCAAGCACACCCAGCACAAGGUGACCCAGUACAAGGCCGGCAAGGCCUCGCUCUUCGCCCAGGGAAAGCGACGAUACGACCGAAAGCAGUCCGGUUAUGGUGGUCAGACCAAGCCUGUCUUCCACAAGAAGGCCAAGACCACCAAGAAGGUUGUGUUGCGAUUGGAGUGCGUCAAGUGCAAGACCAAGCUGCAGUUGUCGCUGAAGCGUUGCAAGCACUUCGAGCUGGGUGGUGACAAGAAGACGAAGGGCGCUGCUCUGGUGUUCUAAAUGCAUUCUGUUUUGGGUCACCAUUUCUCAUGCUUCUCCUUGGGGGCAUUCGGGCAUCAUGGACACUGGCGAAGGGAGGUACAUGUCCUCGGUUGAGGAAUGUUUCAUAGGGAGUGAAUAAAAGAACAUCUCUGUGCCUGCAUCUUUGGUUUCCACCCUACGUGCCUGAAAUGAGCUUAGAUGGCAGCUUCCAUGAGCAUCAAAACCGCAGCGUUUCCCCAAUAUGGUCCCGCGUGGGGACCAUAUUCCCCGCUGCCACAAACGUUUUUGCAAACGAAACUUAGAAACUCAUCAGCAUCUCACACUUGGU